AUGCCGAAGGCGGCCGUUAAGCAAAAGUCUCGCCAGAAGGUCAAAACGGCCGCGCGCUCCCCCUUCGAACCAGGCCAACCCAUUCGCGAAGCCAGCGACAUCGACAUGUCCGACGAUGAAACGAGCUCCGACGAGUCUUCGGUGCCGGAGAAGGACGAUGCCGAGAGGAAGCUUGAGGCGUUGCUCUUCGGCGACGAUGAGGGAUUUCUUGGCGCGUUGAAGAACCAGAAGGAUCGCAGUUUAGUGCUUGCGGGUCAGAGUAGCGAUGAGGAGUCUGCGGAGGAGGGAGACGAGGAUGAGGUGAAGGAUCUGUCGCAGAUGGAUGAUGCUGAUCUUUUCUUCCUUGAUUCUGGCGCCGGACCGGUUUCUACGGACCUCAGCGAGGCGGCGCCCGCCGUGCCGUCGGAUGAAGAGGGCAGUGAGGAGGAGUCCGGUAUGCCUGCGCUGUGGCAUGAUAGUGACGAUGAGCGCAUUACGAUCUCCUUGGCGAGUCACCAGAGAUUGAGGAAGCUGCGUGUUGCGGAAUCGGAGGAUGUCAUUAGCGGAAAGGAGUAUAUUCGGCGCCUGCGCAGACAGUACUUGCAAUUGAACCCGAUGCCCGACUGGGCCAACCCGGAGAAGCAGCAACAGAAGGACGAUUCUGAUGCGGACGAGAUGGAUACAGAUGAUGAGGAGCCGACGUCCACGCAGCCGCUGGCUAAGUUGCUCCAGAACGCUACGGACCUUGUCAACGUGGAGGAAAAGACGUCUGGCGGCCGCAGAAAGAUGCGCCAGGAGGUUGUGGAUAUCCAGCGUCUCAAGGACGUUGGCAAAGACCAGCCGUCCUCGGUCGAUUCGCUCAUGUUCCACCCCAACUACCCGCUGCUCCUCUCCUCCGGACCUGCAGCCACGCUCUUCCUCCACCACAUCUCCCCCUCCUCCCCAGCCCCUAACCCGCUCCUCACCUCGUUCCACAUCCGCAACACCCCCAUCCACACCUCGGCCUUCACACGCCUCAACGGCACCGCCGACCGUAAAGAGGAGCAAAAGUCCAUGGAGCGAUUCAAACUCUCCCCCUGUGGCCGCUACGUCGGUCUGGUCGGCACCUCCCGCAAGGGCGGCGGUCUUAUCAACAUCCUGGACUCCGGCACAGCGCAGUGGAUCGCGCAGGUGCGCGUGGACGGCCGCGGCGGCGUGGCUGAUUUCGCCUGGUGGAGCGACGGCGAGGGUCUAACAGUGGCUAGCAAGAACGGUGAAGUGUCCGAAUGGGACGGCCGUCUCAACCGGGUCGUCGCGCGCUGGAUGGACGCCGGUGCCGUUGGCACGACGGUGCUCAGUCUGGGUGGUCGGUCCGGCCGCACUCAGCUGGGCGGGGACCGCUGGGUAGCGAUUGGCAGUUCCAGUGGUGUGGUCAACGUGUAUGAUCGUCGCGAAUGGGCUGCGGCGUACGCGGCGCAGAGCGAAGACGUCGAGGCUGGUCAGGCGGCGAUUCCUCGUAACCCGGAGCCGGUUCGGGCGCUCGAUCAACUCACGACGCCGAUCAGCCACUUGGUCUUUGCGCCGGAUGGACAGUUCUUCGUUAUGGCGAGUCGGUGGAAGCGCGAUGCGUUGAGAAUGGUUCACCUCCCCACAUGCACGGUGUACCGCAAUUGGCCGACGUCGAAUACGCCUCUGGGUCGCAUCUCGUCGGUGGCUAUCUCGCCCAACUCGGAGCAGUUGGCUAUACAUACGAGCGAGCCCUAA